GAUGAAAACAGCUGUACUUGAAGACCCAUAAUGCAUUUCGGCUGGCAUUCUGUUCUGAUUUUCAGGCUUUGCAGUACAUCCACGAUGGCUGCGCGAAAACACUACGCGAUAAUUUAAUAUGCACCCAACUGACAAAGCAGAGGAAAAGGGUACCACGGGACCAGUCUCAAAAUGACCACCGGCUUCAGCUCGAAUUCAUGUCGAUUCGCAGAUUAUUUUGUUAUCUGCGGACUUGACACUGAAAGCGGGCUUGAACCAGAUGAACUAUCCGCUUUAUGCCAGUAUAUAGAGGCUACUAAAUUCAGAGAUGGGGCCAGAGGAUUGGCGAGUGCAGAUGAAGGUGAGAAUUUUGAGCAGAGUCCACUGCGGAGAACCUUUAAAUCCAAAGUUCUAGCACACUACCCAGAGAAUGUGGAGUGGAGUCCCUUUGACCAGGAUGCCGUUGGCAUGCUGUGUAUGCCAAAGGGUCUGGCCUUCCGCACGCAGGCCGACACACGUGAGCCUCAGUUCCACUCCUUCAUCAUCACUCGGGAGGAUGGCUCGCGGACGUAUGGCUUCGCCCUCACUUUCUACGAGGAGGUGACCAGCAAGCAGAUCUGCAGCGCCAUGCAGACCCUGUACCACAUGCACAAUGCUGAACAAUACGACAUCCUGCACACCCCCACCACCCCGCGGUGCCCCGAGGACCAGUGCCACCUCCAACCCCACCCUCUCAACCCCCACCCCCAACACACGCUCCUCCCCACGCCCUCCAUCUCCCGGCUGCAGCGCUUCAACUCCUACGACAUCAGCCGCGACACGCUCUACGUGUCCAAGUGCAUCUGCCUCAUCGCGCCCAUGGCCUUCCCCCAGGCCUGCAGGAAGGUGCUCCAGCAGCUCCACCAGGCCGUCUCCUCCAUCCAGCCCCCACCCCUCCCCUUGGAGAGCUACGUCUACAACAUCCUGUACGAGGUGCCCCUGCCUCCCGCUGGGCGCUCCCUGAAGUUCUCGGGGGUGUAUGGGCCAGUGGUGUGCCAGAGGCCCAGCACGGCAGAGCUGCCUCUCUUUGACUUCCCUAUCAGCCAGGUGUUUGAGCUGCUGGGUGUGGAGAACGUCCUCCAGCUGUUUACCUGUGCCCUGUUGGAGAUCCAGAUCCUGCUCUACUCACAGCACUACCAGAGGCUGAUGACUGUGGCCGAGAGCAUCACAGCCUUAAUGUUCCCUUUCCAGUGGCAGCAUGUCUAUGUGCCCAUCCUGCCCGCCUCACUGCUGCACUUCCUGGAUGCCCCAGUGCCCUACCUGAUGGGCCUACACUCCAACGGAGAGGGUGACCGCACCAAACUAGAGCUGCCCCAGGAGGCCAACUUGUGUUUCGUGGACAUCGACAACCACUUCAUUGAGCUGCCAGAGGACCUCCCUCUGUUCCCCAACAAGCUAGAGUUCAUCCAGGAGAUCUCCGAGGUGCUGUUGGCCUUCGGUGUGUCUCCGGAGGGGAACCCGCUCCACAGCCAGGGCCAGGCCAAACACCGGGGCUUCCGCUCCACCGACAUGGUCACGGACAGACGCAACGGCAACCUGGCCAGCUCCGCCCUCAACUCCUACCUGCUGAGGGAGAACGAGACCAUCGCUAGACUGCAGGCCCUGGUCAAGAGGACUGGGGUCAGCCUGGAGAAGUUGGAUGUGAGGGAGGAUGCCAGCAGCAACAAGAACCUGAAGGUGCAGUGUGAUGAGGAGGAGCUGAAGAUGCAUCAGCUCAACAUCCAGGUGCGAGAGGUCUUCGCCAACCGCUUCACCCAGAUGUUCGCCGACUAUGAGGUGUUUGUCAUCCAGCCCAGCCAGGACAAGGAGUCCUGGUUCAGCAACAGGGACCAGAUGCAGAACUUUGACAAGGCCUCCUUCCUCUCUGACCAGCCUGAGCCCUACCUGCCCUUCCUGUCCCGUUUCCUGGAGACUCAGAUGUUCGCCUCCUUCAUCGAUAGUAAGAUCCUUUGCCAUGAUGAUGAGGACAAGGAACACACGUUGAGGGUGUUUGACUCCCGCGUGGACAAAAUCCGCAUGCUGAACGUGCGCACGCCCACCCUGCGCACCUCCAUGUACCAGACCUGCACCAAUAUCGACGAGGCGGAGAAGGCCAUAGAGAUGCGGGUGGUUAAGAUCGACCACACGGCCCUGCAUCCCCACCUGCUGGAUAUGAAGAUUGGCCAGGGUCGCUACGAACACGGCUUCUUCCCCCGGCUGCAGUCUGACGUGCUCUCCACUGGACCCGUCAGCAACAAAUGGGCGAAGAGGAGUGCUCCAGCACAGUGGAGGAGGAAGGACAGACAGAAACAACACGCUGAACACCUUUACCUGGACAACGACCAGAGAGAGAAAUACAUCCAGGAGGCCAGGAACCUGGGCACUACCAUCCGGCAGCCCAAGCUGUCCAACCUCUCCCCCUCCGUCAUCGCUCAGACCAACUGGAAGUUUGUGGAGGGUCUGCUGAAGGAGUGCAGGAAUAAGACCAAGCGCAUGCUGGUUGAGAAGAUGGGCAGGGAGGCGGUGGAGCUGGGUCAUGGGGAGGUCAGCAUUACAGGCGUGGAGGAGAACACACUUAUCGCCUCCCUCUGUGACCUGCUGGAGAGGAUCUGGAGCCACGGGCUGCAGGUCAAACAGGGUAAAUCUGCCUUGUGGUCCCACCUGCUCCAUUAUCAGGAGAGCAAAGAGAAGACGGAUGCAGCACCAGCCGGUUUGGGUCCCCCAGGACUCAUCCACAACACAGAGAGACGCAAAUCUGACGCUGGCGCUGCCUUGCCCCCUCUCAAGGUAUCCCUGAUCAGGGACAUGAGACACAUCCAGAACAUUGGGGAGAUCAAGACAGACGUGGGCAAGGCCAGGGCCUGGGUGAGGCUCUCCAUGGAGAAGAAGCUACUGUCCAGGCACCUCAAAAAGCUGCUGUCUGACCAUGAACUUACAAAGAAACUAUACAAGCGUUAUGCUUUUCUGCGCUGUGACGAUGAGAAAGAGCAGUUCCUGUACCACCUCCUCUCCUUCAAUGCUGUGGACUACUUCUGUUUCACCAAUGUCUUCACAACCAUCAUGAUCCCAUACCAUGUGCUGGUGAUUCCCAGUAAGAAACUAGGAGGCUCCAUGUUCACAGCCAACCCCUGGGUGUGUGUUUCUGGGGAGCUGGCUGAGACCGGGGUGCUCCAGGUCCCCAAGCACACUCAGGAGAUCACCUUUGAGUGCCAGAACCUGGGCAAGCUGACCACAGUGCAGAUGGGCCAUGAUAACUCAGGUCUUUACGCCAAGUGGCUUGUGGAGUAUGUUAUGGUCCGGAAUGAGAUCACAGGUCAUGCUUACAAGUUCCCGUGUGGUCGGUGGCUGGGGAAGGGGGUGGACGAUGGCAGUCUGGAGAGGGUCCUGGUGGGAGAGCUAGUGACACCAAACUCAGAGAAUGAGGACAGAAUGUGUCGCACGCCCCCCAUGCAGCAGUCCCCUGGAAUGAUGAGGAGGUUCGUCACCAUCUCACCAAACAGCAAACCAAAGUUGAACACUAGUCAGAUCCAAGAAGGAGUGGGAGAGGCCAUUAAUGGGAUAGUGAAGCACUUCCACAAGCCAGAGAAGGAGAGGGGCAGUCUGACCCUUCUGCUGUGUGGGGAGUAUGGUCUAGUCUGGGCUUUAGAGCAGGUGUUCCAGCAUGGCUUCAAAUCCCCACGCCUCUUUAAGAAUAUCUUCAUCUGGGACUUCUUAGAAAAGUCACAAGUGUACUUUGAGAGUGCUGAGCAGAGGGAGGUGACUCCAGAGGAGAACUGGCAAACCAGAGUACGCCACUUCUGCCGCUUCAUGCGGGCCAUCAACAACACAUCUAGGAACAUAGGCAAGGAUGGGAAGUUCCAGAUGCUGGUGUGUCUGGGUGCCAGGGACCAUUUGUUACACCACUGGAUCGCUCUCCUCACAGACUGUCCAAUCACAGUCCAAAUGUACGAGGACACAGCACUGAUAAAGGACCGCUCAUUGGUAAAUUCUCUGAUCAGAGUGCUACAGACUUUGCAGGAGUUCAACAUUACCCUAGAAGCUUCACUUGUCAAAGGGAUCGGUAUCUAGGCCCUCCUUCGUUCGCACCAAUUGGACCUGACUAAGGAAGACUGUUAGGGACCACUAAAGAACAAUUAAACCUUUUUAUGCAGAAAGAGACUUGAACAAUUAAGGGACGAUUUCUGGCUUAUAUUAAAGCUACUGUUACAUUUGCCAUAUAUUAAGUGCAAUGAGCCUUUCAAAAUGUGUUGUUAUUUUUAUCCUCAACAAUGUUGCUGUUAGAUGUUAAGAAUAUGUUUUCUAUUACGAUCCAUGAUUUUCACAUUGUUGAAGAAGAUAACCCACCUGUUGUAUACUACUUUAUUGAAAGCUAAAUAUUUUCAUUGUUAUUGUGAACUGCUGACAAUGGCUAUAUUCUAAAAAGGAAAACAAGGAACAAAAACUGUUAAUAUAUUUUCAGAGAAGAACAGUAUUAUUUUGAUAUGUCUGUCAAGUUGCUUGCUCUGUUCUAAAUCUAACUGUCAUAAUGCAGAGCUUGAAGCAAAUGAUGCAGAAGUAUGCUUUAUAAGUAUGAAUAUGACAUGGUAUAGAUGUUUGUGUAGGGUGGGAAACUGAUUCACCUACAUCAAUAUGACAGUGUGUAAAUUUGGAUCAAUCCCACUGGAAGUACCGUAGUAUGCAACUAUUUUAUAUGGAAUAACUUGGCCUAAGAAGAGGCUCCUGGCUCCCCCUGUGAAUAAGAUAAUGUAGCGUAUGCUAGUGAUGCACAAUAUGUAUUCAGUUGGAGAAGUAUCACUAUAAGGCCAUGUCAGUGCUUCACACUUGACACACAACUCUUCAACAGUACAGUACUCAUCAUAACCAUGGCUUGGUAGAAAGUGAGUCAUUUAUAAAAUGACAGCCUUUAUGUAAAUACCUCUAACCAGUGCAUCCUUCUUUCCAACAACUUCUCAUUAUUCCUCACCUGUUCUGCCCAUUCCUGGCAGGUUUACAACAUCAUGUUUUUUCAGUAGUGAAAAUUGAAUGAGCUGAUUGCCACUUAAAUUAAUAAUGAGUGGUACAUAUGGUUGCUUUAAAAGGCCAGAUUCAAAAUAGAGCAAAAAAUUAUCCUCUGAACUGUUGGUAUUUCUGCUAUGCAAUAUUAUCCACAUCACACAAAAAAAUCAACCCAAGAUCUAGAUGAGAAUCAUUGGACCUCCUCCAAUUGUCUUACUGUGCAGCAUAGGAUGAUGAAUAACAACAGCAGUUUGAUAGAAGUAGGUGUGAAGGAUGUCUUUCCUGUGCCAACUUCUGAAUUGUGUUGGUUGUACUAUUCCAUGUAUAAUCGACAUGAGCAUCUUGGGAGAUAUAUUUUUGUUUUUCAAUACUGUUGUACAUUUAUUGGCAUAGCCGUAUAAUGUUGUGUUUACUAAGUGAGGAAAUGUGUACAGUGUAAAAAAAUAAAGAAUACAAUUACAGAAAUGCA